GCGAAUGACAUUUAUUUCAACAUGACUUGUCAGUUUGAAGAUCUUAGUAUCACAUGAUUAACAUUCUCCUGGUAUUCUUGUAUUUUCUUGAGACCACCGUUGCAGAAACAUCUACUUCCUUUAGAACAACUACAAGUACCUCUUCCACCUCAGAAUCUUAUGAAUUUGGAGACAGUUUAGAAGAGGAUCUCCGAAAUAUCGCAUACUUCUUAAGACAACAUAAGUUCAAUGAGUACGAUCGCCGCUACAUCGUUGACCAUAAUGAAGCACAAAACUCAAAAUUGUACUACGCAGCUUUUCCAAAACCUCCUCUCAGAUCUUUGCAUUGGGAGGUUCACAAGUAUUGUGAACCAUCUUUUUUUGGAUGUGUGGCUUACCUAACAAAACGGAUACGAAACACAGCUCUCAGAAGGAAUGAUGACACUGCUGUUGUGAUAGAGGAACAAAAAUGGUCGACUGUGGACUCCACGAGGCAAAUUGAACAAACCGAUUUGGAAUGCAAGAAACUUUGGACUGCUGCUGAAGAUAGGGCUGAUCCAUUUCAAGGUCCAUUGGAACGUUUCCAGUGGCGAGUUACAGCAAGUUAUUUCAUGUGUCUCUUCACCAUGAAGGGUACACCAGAAUUGAGGCACCUCAACGAGUCGAGUUGCGAUAAUCAUGCAAAUUGUCUGAAUCCCUAUUUCGGUGCACACAAUCAAGAUGUAAGAGCCAAUGAUUCUGUACCGUUCAACUGUGCGAAAUAUAGUUUUUGUCCUGACCCUUGUUGCCCUAUUCAGCACAUGAAGAGCUACGAUGAAUGUUUUGGUGCUGCUGAGAACCCUUGCGCGGCUGGAAAUGAACCAGGUCAACAACAAUGUGCGUUCAAUAUAUCGCAAAAUACCGAAAUGAACGAUAUAAUUCUAAACCGAUGGAACGUUAGUUGCAACUGUCCAAGGCCUAGUUACAGAUGGAGUUCCUUCUAUGGAAUGUGCGUAGAUAUAGAUGAAUGUGAAGAAAACUCUGAUCCUUGCACAAGCCUUAGCGAAGCCUGUUUGAAUCUUCCAGGAUCCUACAAAUGCGUUUGUAAAUGGGGUUACUCAUGGAAUGAAGCUUCGAAAAAAUGCGAAUACAGCUCUGUUUCCGAUAUUUUGCUGCUUAGGAAAGAAUCAGAGCUAGAAAACAUCAAAGAAGAAAAUAUAUCUCAAACGUUUUUCGGGAGAAUAUCGAAUAGAAUAAAAACAAAAUUCGCUAAAAAUUCAUCGGCAACUAAUGUACCAUUGCCCAACGUUGCAUUCUUGUGUUAUGUUUAUAUUUUUGCAUCUUCAUUAUUUUGUGUAAUGACCAAUUGUGUGUAGGUGCUAAGUUCUAAACAUCACAGCUUAUUUGAUAAAUCCUGUCAUGCAGGUAACUCAUCAUUCACUUUAACGCACUUGCUUUAUUAAUUCAAUUUGAAAACCGAAGAAAAAAUGUAUAAAUAGUAUUAAGAAAUAAAUUUCACUACCAAUAAUGAACAACAACAUAUUCAAUCAUUUUCUUGUGAUCUCGAAAGCUUUUGUGAGACUUUCAACCAACCACACUUCAUUAGGGAAAGUUAAAAGUCAUUUCGAAAAGUGUUAUAAAAUAUACAGGUCCGUAUUGAAAAAAAUGAGGUUGAGGGUGGCCCAGAGAGCACGAAACGUUGGAUACGAAAUCUGAUUACGUCAAAUUGAGAACAAUUUACUGUCGAA